CCACUGACGCCAUUUCUCCUUCGCAGAAUCCAAGACCAAGCACUUUAAGCGCAUCCAAGAUGGAGCAAAUACGCAUACGAGGACACGGUAUGAUCUUCUUUUGUCCGGUUUGCACGUAUCUAAGCUCCUGCGUAGGUCUACUUUGAUAAUGAAUUCGCUUCUGACCUGUCGAAAGAGGGUACGCCCAGUUGCUUUAGAUGAGCUAUCAUCGGCUGAAGACCGUUUUCAAGACGUCCUUGUCCGUCACACAGAUCCAGGAGGGCUCACUUGGGAGCAAUAUGAACAAGGGAUCAAGGUCUGGUGCGCAGAGCACGAUGUUAAACCUGUUACACCGCCUCCAGGCAACGAGAACGUACUCGAGAUUGCGCAUUUCAACGACAUAUACCAGGUUUCUAACCAGAAGCUCAAUGUAGUAUUGAUUUAACUCGUGGAUAUUCACAGGAUUAACAGCCUUUUCCAGGUCAACGGCAAGGAAGAGAACAUCGAUGUGGCGAAGUUCACCACUUUAUGGUCCAACGCAUCCAGGACGGAUUGA